GUAAUCGUAUUAAUACUUAUGAAUAUACUGUCGGAAAUUGCUGUAAUUACAAUGGGCACGAAUGAAGUCGCUGAUGUUAUUGGCGUAUUCACUACGCAUUUCAAUGGCUUAUUGAAAUGGAGUUAUUGUACAAUAAAAAAUCGAAGACUGUUCGAUCUCAUCUUGAAAUUGGAGAAAUGUCAUGUGCUUUGUCAACGUAUCGACAGUACCAAGGAAGGGAGUGAACUUUAUGAAAGUAAAAUUGGAAGUGCACGACAGCACUCCAAUUUUUUCUUCUUAUGGUGGUUAUUCAUGUGUGUCUUCACAGUUAUACAGUGGUGUGUCAUCCCGCUGCUAUUAGGAACUUACAAAUCUUACUUGAUCAAUGAUACAUUUACAGACAGAGAUUUGCCUUAUAUCGCAUGGUUCCCAUUAGAUAUCCAGAAUAAUUUUAAUUAUAUUUUCUUAUAUCUGGUACAGACAAUCGGAAUGUUGACUUGUGCUUUUGGAAUUGUUUGUUACGACUCCUUUUAUGUUUCAAUGCUAAUUGCCAUAUGUACCCAAAUUCAAUAUAUCAACACGAUAUUAGCCAAAACCGAUUUCAUUGAAAACACACGAGUACCAGAGGUAGUAUUCAUCCUUAAGAAAAAAUUAAGGAACUGCGUGGAUUGCCAUGUAGAGAUUAUAGAAUUUUUAGAGAAGUUACAAAUUUUUACCAGUCCGGUGAUGUUCGCCCAAUGCAUCAUAACGUUAUUUAUCAUUUGUUUAGUCUCGUUCGAAGUGUCGGCGGUCAAAUUUACGUUGGACAAAGAAAAUGCCUUCGCAUUGUUUAAACUAUUCGGUUACUUCUUAGCCGCCGCUCUUCAAUUGUACUUCUUCUGUUUCUACGCCACUCAAAUUACAUAUUUGGCAUUGCAAAUUCCUCAUUCGGUGUAUUCCUGCGGAUGGGAAAUUAUAAUUUUCGAAGAGAAGAAAGAAUCAAGUACUAAGAAACAAUUUCAGUACAGUGAUAUCAGUAGAUUAGUACAAAUGAUAACGAUACAAGCACAGAGACCGAUUGUCUUGACCGGCGGCCCAUUUUACAUACUUUCAAUGGAAACUUUCAGAGCCAUCAUAAGUAUGGCAUUAUCAAAUUCUAUAAUGCUACGCCAACUCUCUGACUCCGGAUGAAUAUGAAUAAGAG